UUCUCAGCCGUGGGAGCAGUUGACACAAUGCAGAACGUCGGUCCAGGGAAAAAUCGUGUCCUACGCGUCUAAUUGGGGCGUGUGCUACACGACAAUCGGCCGCGUUCUCUUGGUGCUGAGAAUUCGGUUCUAAUUUGAAAUGAGCUCGUCGCCGCAGAGGAAAUCAGCACUAACUGGCCCGUGAUCGGACCCCAGUGUUGUUCGGCGCUCGGCUAGGCGGCCAUUUUUACCUCACGAUGCGGCAACCGUGCGUGUCCAUUCGAUCCGCCAUUCCAAACAAUCCUCGGUCUACGGUGCCCUCGGGUGCAUCUAGCUCGUCGUGGUAACCGCUGGAUCGUCCUGGGUCCAGUCCAUCUUAUCCGAUCGACCGAGACGAGAGGAGGUCGGUCGAGGUCGCGCCAGGAUGAAGCCUCGAAAUCGGUGAAUUUCAUUGACGAGUGCGUGCGUGCGUUUUUUUACGUGCGUACGUGCCGCGAGUGCAGUGUGUGCGAUUUCUAGUAUAAAAUAAAAAUAAUAAUAGAAGGUAGUCACGAGAAGAAAGAAGCGCGACCAGUAAGUAGUACCCAAGAGGAAGCAAAAGUCGCCAAGUUUCUCAAGUGUUAAAAACCAGUGAGUGCGUGAAUACAGCAGGAUCUCCUGUAAGUUUUUUUUCCGCGCGGACAAGGCCAGUGCGAUGCGAUCGAUGUGUUCACGAGUAGUGCAUUCUUCCCGAUUGUGGUGCUGAUUUGUUAUUAUCAAAAUAGGAUCAUAGGGGCCAGGACUGCUCCUCCGCGGCAGAGGCCCUUUAAGUGAAAGAUGUGCGAUCGCGCCUCUGUUUGAGUGUUCAACGAGAGCCAGUGCAUAGCUCUUUUCUUCUCUUUCACCCUUGUAAAAUACUCUACCUUAAUCGGAGGAUGGAGAUCGAGGCGAAGCAGAGGAAUCAACGAAAUCGGCGACGCGAAAGAGCCCAGCGCAUGCUGGCGCAAAGGGAAAGCCUUGCCAGCGCCAAGCAGCAACAACAGCAGCAACAGCAGAGGCAACGACCCGAUGAAGAGGACAGUGGCGAGGACGAGGACCCCGGUGGCCUCGGUCUAGGACUCUCCAGGGGUAGUCAUCCGCGUGACAACCAUCCGAGACCCCCCAGGCCCCCUCGACCGCCAAGACCCCGCAAAAAGUCCUCUCUCCAAGGUGCCUCGCAGAAGGAGCCUCCUUUCGAGGAGGACAUUAUCGACGGUUUCGCUAUCCUCGCCUUCCGCACCUAUGAGGAGUUAGAGAGUGCAAUAAAACUAGCUGGUAAAAAUAAUGUCAAGAAGCUUCAUUCUCUGCUGACGAUAGUGGAUGAAAAACCAAAGGUGGAUAUCGUUCAAAACAACCGGCAUAACGAGCACCACAUCAAGAAUCACUACAAGCACAACCAUUAUUCUCACAAUUCCAUACUGACACCCUCAACGCUCAACCAGGGCCUAGAUGCAGGAACAAGUGACGAUAGCGGAAGAGCGUCCGAACAGUUGCAUGGCCCUGGUGCAACUAGAGAUUGCCAGGAUGCCGAUAGUUCCAGGGACCAUCUUAGCGAUGCGAGCAGUCAUUGCAGUUCGGGCAAAGGCUAUAUCUGUGAUAGCGAAGGAGAAGACGACAAGGGCUCUGAUGGUGAAUCGGUACUCUUUGCAUCUGCAACUCCACCGCCUCUUCCACGUAAAUACGAAUUGCCAUCUUCUUCGCCGCAUGUCCCGCCGCCAGCAAAUGGGGCUGGAGGUUCACCUCCGGACACUGGCGGACAAAUUUCUAAUCCUGCGACUGAUGCUCCAGCUCCUAUACCUCCCCCUGUGCCUGCGCCUGCUACUGCACCAGUUCCAACGGCACCGAGUCCUCCAAGUCCUACCUUACCCCCUCACAUAUCCCAAUCACCUAUUACUAGUCCGCUGGCAGCGAAUCCUCGUGCAAUAGCUCCGCAGCAACGACCAGCCUCACCUGCUCUACCACCUCCGUCUUUGUCUCAACAGCCUCACACUACGAUACCUGCUUUACAUACGCCCAAUGUACCACAUGUCUCCUCAAGCCACACAACUAGUCCUGCCGUUGCAAGUUUGGGUGUAACUCCAGCAGCACCGUCCAACGGAGCAGCCACCACAACAAGCUAUCCUCCUCCUCUGCCAAUGGCUGCCUAUCCCCAAACACAGCCAUCCUAUCCGCCUCUCUACACACCCUACACCGCUCUCAAUCACAGUCCUUAUCUUCCACCCGCCGUGCCCUCUCCCUCGCAUUCUGCCUCUUCGCGAACCGAUGUGAGAGGCAGUAGUAGGGCUUCCCCGUGCACAAAUAUAAAACAAACGAUAACAAACAAUGUGCAGAAUCACAACAAUAUUAACAAUACUACCAACAAUACUCCACUUAGUGCUGCCACUACGACCUGCGUAUCUACGAUAACGAACACAGUUACCACCGCGAAUACAAUCGCUCACCGGGAUAUUGUGGCUUGCAGUCUAGCUGGGAGAAACACAAACAAUUCGCCACGUGGACACAGUCCAAAUCGGGAACGGGACAGUUACAGCAGCAACGUGAGCAGCUUAAGUCGCGGGAGCAUAACGCCUGUUAGUGUGCCAAAUAGCCAAUCCUCCCCAGCCAAUUCUAGUCUACCUGCUUACUCCAAGGCUCAAGGGUGGAUCAGGUAUAGCAGCAGCUCAGCUCCCCAAAUGUCUCCGGCAACAAAUACAUCAGUUCCGAGGCCAACUCCACCACCAGUUCCGCUGGGCUUGCACACUUUUCCACCGCCUAUGUUUGCAACUCCACUACCGCCGCCAGUUUCAAAUGCGAGUUCUCACACCUCCAUGUCUUCGCUUCCUCCACCUACAUCCAAUCCGAAUCCAUUCUCGGCUGAAUCGCUCUUCCAAACAAGGGUGACUCACGUUGCAGGUCAGGCAGACCUGUUGAGACGAGACCUUGAGAACAGAUUCCUGGCACCGCAGAAUCGAAAUAUUGGUGUUGAUGUGGGUAAUCUUGGACCACCGUUGUACAUUCGAACUGAAAUGCAUCAUCAUCAGCAUGAACACACGCAUGUGCAUCAGCACUCGUCAUCUUUGCACCCUCAAAAUGCACCCACGAGUCUCUAUCCACCCUCAAUUGACAUUCCAAAGUUAGGAGCAGUUGACUCGCAAUUUUUUCGCGGGAGUCUCAACCUCACUGGCUUCUCUGGAUUCAACACUGGACUUCUUCAUCCUGGAAGUGGGCCUCCGGGACCAUUUGUCUCGCAUAAUCAUCUUUCGUCGUUUCCUCCAAAGAUGCCCAAUCCAAAUGUACGAAACAAUCAGGACUUUCGAGCGAAACAGUUCUCGAACGUUGAAUUCGCAUUGCAGAAGACGGGAAAGUGGAAUGCUAUGCAUGCUCGGAUAGCGUGGGAGAUCUACCAUCAUCAGCAGAAGCAGCGUGCGGAAGCGAAGGCCAGCAGUGCGGCCAACACAAAAACGGAACUGCUCCGACCACCAGGACAUCUGUUUGCCGGGGGACCUACAGCUGGUCUGGGACUCAGCACACCGAUGUCUCUACCCACAAAUAUGCCACAGACUCAUCCACCACCACCUCAGCCUCAUCCUGUUGCCUUCCUCUCGCAAACAUCCUCGCAUUUAGGAACUGGAAUGUCUCCAUUCGGUAGAUACCCCUCGACCUUCGGCACGACGAAUCCCAACUUUCCAGGUUUCUCCGGCUUUCCUCCCUCGAGAGAAAUGCCUCCCAUGGGUGGAUUGGGAUCAGUUCACGAUCCAUGGAGAGGACUGCAGCGAGCUCCUUCUGGUUUUCCACCUACGACAGUUUCCUGGGCGAUAAAACCGGAAAUGCCAACCAUCGACAGAAGGGCGGAGUUUGAGGAACGUGAACGGGAAAGGGAACGAGAACGCGAGCGAGAACGGGAAAGGGAGCGCGAACGGGAACGGGUACGACGGGAAAGAGAAAGAGAGGAGCAGCGGGAAAAGGAGAGACGAGAACGUGAGAAGGAAGAGAAGAGAAAACAGGAAGCUGCCGAGCGGGAGCGGGAUAGACGGGAAAAGGAGAGGAGAGAGAUGGAGAGGCGGGAAAUGGAGCGGGAGAGGAUGAUGAUGAAGAAUCGUCAGCAUGCGGCCAUGGGACGAGAAAGAUCGCCUCUUAGAAAUGGAUCUGCGCCUCUCGAUACGGGUGAGGUUCGAGUCAAGGAAGAGCCGCGAAGCAAGGAGGACGAAGUCGUUAUGCUUCCGAGGCCACCACCUGUCGGACCUGGACCUGGGCCGGGUCCAGGACCGGGACCUGGUCCAGGGCAAAAUCAAAUGCCCGAUCCUAGGUAUCACCACACGCAUCCUCACCCUUAUCUCGCGAGGCAUCCUCACGGCGUUCCAGCUCCUCACACAAUGUCGCGAAGCAUGCUGCAAGGUCUUGGCGGUCAUCCGAUGCAGCCCUUCCCACCACCCCCGUCGGGUCCGGGCAGCCAACCUGGUGCUCCUUGGCCAGGAGAUCCCUUCCGAGAUCCAUACAGAUACGAUCCCCUUCAGCAGCUUCGCUACAAUCCGAUGAUGGCCGCUUUCCGGGCAGAAGAAGAGGAGAGAGCGAAACUUUAUGCAGCUUAUCCUCCACCUCCAGUGAACGCUCUCAGGGGCAAGGAUCCGAACCCGGGACCUCUGAGCAAUCUUCACAUGCAUCACAGGGCUGGUCCGGGACCAGGAGUUCCUGGUGUUUUAGGCAGACAACUCGACCCCUCGCUAAUGCACCCGGGCGACAUUCACAAAAAAGAGGACGCGUCCCAGUCUCGAUGAUACAACGUCCCCGCAACGUUCUCGUCGUCUUUGUCUUGAAUAGUCGUAGCGAAACGCUGAAAAACGAUGAAACGUUUUUUCAGAUUCUGAUGGAAGGAAAAGUGCUUUUGUAUAUAGUCUUUAAUUUGGGCGAAAAUAAGAGAUUUCACUGGUAGCAGAAUUUUUCCGAGUGUGAUAAUUGAUGAAGAAGAGGGCCAAGUUAUUGAGAGAUAAAAGAAAUUCAGAAAAUGGUAGAUUAAUCCGAAUUUAUGACGGAUAAUUUGGAUACAAUUAUGACGCAAAAUAAUUACUUAGGAAUAAGUAACUUUAUUGUUUUUGAAGGUUUUUUUUUUUUGAAUAAUCUGUUUAAUUUUUUGCAUAAUCUGAUUAAUUUUUUAAUGAUUGGCAUAUUGCAAAACGGUACCUUAUUUGAGAAAACUAUUUAGGAAGAAAAGUUAAUUUUUUAUGCCGUGUUAUAUCAAAAUAUUCAGUAGGAAGUAUUUUAUUUUUAAACUAUUUCCACAGAUAAAUCGUCGUUUGAACUAAAACGUAGACCAGUAAAUAAUUUGUGUGUGAUUUUAAACAAUUUUAGCUGUUUUGUCGAAGGAAAAAUUGAAUUACGUAAGCAGUUUUCCAAGGGGAGACACCGCUAAUUGUGAAUUUUAGUUUCGGUUCAUAACUUUUGUAAUGAAAACUGAUUAUCUAAGUAUUAAUUUUCCAGAGUGUCUGAACUUUUUUAUUCUUUUAAAUUUUUAUAAACUUGUUUCAAUAACUAAAAAAAUUAUGGAAUAACUGGAAAAUGUCAGGGAAUUUUCAUAUGCCUGGAAAAACAUAGAAAUAUCAGGGAUUAUUUUUAAAUCAGGAAAUUUUUUCAAAAGCAUGCCUAAUUUUUUUUUAAAUUGCAAUCUAAAUUUGAAUAGCAAUGAUUCUUCAUAUUUAAAAGAAGCUUUAUAUUACGCUUUUUACUAUUUCGUUGAAAAUUCUUUCUUUUUUUAUUUG